AUACGUAAAGGGACCUUCCUCCGCUCGCCAGCCAGUCACCCUGAGCCCCGGGCCCGGCGCCUGGCCACCCCGGGGGGAGCCCGGAUCAUGGGGGCCGCUCUGCGCACGGGCAGCCUGGGGGCAUAGCCCUCCCCCGCCCCGGGCAGCGCCGGCCGGAGCGGGAUAAAAACCAAGCACCUGGUCCAAGGUUCCCGAGCUGAGGAUUUAAAGCGAGGCAGCUGCAUCCAUGUUGAAGGAAGUCCGGACUGGAUUCCGAUCUGGGCGAUCCUCGUGCAAAUCCGGAGCGACCCCAAUGCAGUCAUGGCUGGGUUCUGAUCUCCGUGACCCUGGCUCUACGCAGGAUUAUCCCGAUUCUUCCCCCGCUGUGACCUCCCGGAUGGAGAGAGGGGAAGAGCCGAGCGUCCCGGAUCUCCAGGGCUCCGAGGAAAGGGAGAUCUCAGGAGCAGAGCGGACGUCGCCGGAGGACAAACCUCCCCAGGCCCCCAAGUGGCCGUGGGAGAACCUUUCCUGGACCCAAGCGGGCCGCCCGCCCCGCCUCGAGCCCCCCUCCUCCUCCGCCCGGCCCCCUGCCCCGCUGCCGCGCAAGGGCGAGCGGCCCUACAUCUGCAACGAGUGCGGGAAGAGCUUCACCCAGUGGUCCAAGCUGGUGCGGCACCAGCGCAUCCACACGGGCGAGCGCCCCAACACCUGCAGCGAGUGCGGGAAGAGCUUCACCCAGAGCUCCCACCUGGUCCAGCACCUCCGCACCCACACCGGCGAGAAGCCCUACCGCUGCUCCGAGUGCGGGAAGAGCUUCAGCUGGAGCUCCAACCUCAUCCAGCACCAACGCACCCACACCGGCGAGAAGCCCUACCGGUGCGGGGAGUGCGGCAAGGCCUUCAGCCAGAGCACCAACCUCAUCAAGCACCAGCGCUCCCACACCGGCGAGAAGCCCUACCGGUGCGGCGACUGCAAGAAGAGCUUCUACCGCAGCUCCGACCUCAUCCAGCACCAGAUCACCCACACCGGCGAGCGGCCCUUCAAGUGCGCCCAGUGCGGCAAGGGCUUCACCCAGAGCGCCAACCUGGUCAAGCACCAGAAGAUCCACGCCGGGGAGAAGCCCUUCCGGUGCACCGAGUGCGGGAAGACCUUCAUCCAGAGCUCCGAGCUCAUCCAGCACCAGCGUACCCACACCGGCGAGAAGCCCUACGAAUGCCUGCAGUGCGGGAAGAGCUUCGGGCACAGUGCCACGCUGGUCAAGCACCAGCGGCUCCACAUGGGGGUGGAGCCUUACAAGUGCCCCACCUGCCACAAGACCUUCGGGCUCAGCUCGGCCCUGGCCCGCCACCAACGUUGCCACACCGAGGAGCGGCCCUACGCCUGCCCCGAGUGCGGGCAAAGCUUUAGCCUCAGCUCCAACCUCACCCUGCACAUGCGGAUCCACCGGGGCGAGAAGCCCUACCGGUGCGGGGAGUGCGGGAAGAGCUUCGGCAUGAGCUCCACCCUGAUCCGGCACCAGCGGAUCCACACCGGCGAGAAGCCCUACCAGUGCGCCGAGUGCGGGAAGAGCUUCGUCCGCAGCUCCCACCUCAUCCAGCACCGCCGCACCCACACCGGCGAGAAGCCCUACCGCUGCGGGGAGUGCGGCAAGGCCUUCAGCCAGAGCUCCAACCUCAUCACCCACGAGCGCAUCCACAUGGAGGAGCGGCCCCACGUGUGCCACGAAUGUGGCCAGCGCUUUGCCGAGGAGGAGGGGCUGCGGCGGCACCAGGAGGAAGGGCAUGGCGGCGGGGCGGGGGGCGGGGGGCUCGGGGAGAGCCGGGAGACUUGCAUCUGCGACGAUUGCGGGGAAAGCUUUGGAGAUAGCUCCGCGCUGGCCAAGCACCGGGAGAUCCAUGCCCCUUGCAUCUGCGACGAUUGCGGGGAAAGCUUUGGAGAUAGCUCCGCGCUGGCCAAGCACCGGGAGCUCCAUGCCCCUUGCAUCUGCGACGAUUGCGGGGAAAGCUUUGGAGAUAGCUCCGCGCUGGCCAAGCACCGGGAGCUCCAUGCCCCUUGCAUCUGCCCGGAAUGUGGGCAGAGCUGUAAGGACAGCGCGGCCCUGACCCGGCACCAGAUCACCCACAUGCGUGAAAAGCUUUACAAGUGCCCCGACUGCGGGCAGAGCUUUGGCGACAUCUCCGCCCUCACCCAGCACCAGAGGAACCAUAUCAGGGAAAAGCUGAGAUGCCCGGACUGCGGGCAGGGGCUCGGGGCGAGCUCGGCUCCGGGGGCCCACCAGAGGGGCUGCGCCCCGGCCAAGCCCUUCCACGACUGCUCGGCUGCCGGUGCCCACGAAGGAAGCCGCGCCGAAGGGGAGCCCGUCCGUGACAGCUCGGAGCUUGGGGUCCACGAAAAAGGCCACCCCGUGGCGGAACCGUCCCACGUGGCUCUGGGCGUCCGUGGAAGAGGCCGGCCGGCGGCAGAUCCCUUCCCCGACGGCUCAGCCAGCGGCGGCCGCCCCGGCUCGGGCGAAAUGGCCAGCCUCAUCCGGCGCCCGGCCACCGAACCCUACAAGUGCCACGACUGCGGCCAGAGCUUUGCCGAGGGCGUGGGCCUCUCCCGCCACCUGGCCUCCCACCCCAAGCCCUUCCGGUGCCCGGAGUGUGGGCGCGGCUUCCCGGACCCGACAGCCUUGGCCCAGCACCGGGAGGCCCACGCUGGAGGGGAGCCGGCUGGGCCCGGGGAGAAGAGCCGCAAGAGCUGUGCCGAGAUCUCCGCCGUCCUCUUGCGCCAGGGAAACCACGUGGCCGGGCGCGGCCUGAGGAGCCACGCGGCAGACAACCCCCUUCCUCCCGGCGGCUCGGCUCCGGCUCGGCCACGGCUCCAGCCCUCGGGCCGCGGCCUGGCUGUGGCCAGCCGCCGGGGCGGGGGGAUGUCUCUGGCGCGGCCGGAAUGUGGCAAAGGCUCCCAGGGGGGUUCUGUGCUCCUACAGCACCUCCAGAACCACGUGGGGGACAGGGUGUGAGGCCCCCGGGGGCACCUGGCCAGUUCAUAGCUAGAACCUGGGCUUG